AUGAAUUACAGUCACUACGCAUUCCUGAUGACCCUGAUCUUCAUGAUUAGUGAUUGCAUGGGGCAACCUUCAUGUAUGGUGGACUCUUUCUCCGUGAAGGACAACUUUGACCCCAAACGGUAUGCAGGUAAAUGGUAUGCCCUGGCCAAGAAAGACCCAGAAGGUUUGUUUCUACAGGAUAAUAUUUCAGCUGAAUACACCGUCGAGGAGGAUGGGACCAUGACUGCAUCUUCCAAAGGCAGAAUGAAGCUUUUUGGAUUCUGGCUGAUUUGUGCCGAUAUGGCUGCUCAAUACUCGGUGCCGGACCCCACCACACCAGCCAAGAUGUUCAUGAAUUACCAAGGUUUGGCAAGCUAUUUGUCAAGUGGAGGUGACAAUUACUGGGUGAUCGACACAGAUUAUGAUAAUUAUGCCAUCACCUAUGCCUGCCGCACACUGAAGGAGGAUGGGUCCUGUGAUGAUGGCUAUGCCCUUGUUUUCUCCCGCAACCCUCGGGGUCUUCCCCCUGCCAUUCAGCAAAUUGUGCGCCAGAAGCAGGAAGAAAUCUGCAUGUCUGGCCAGUUCCAGGCUGUACUACAGUCAGGUAUGUGGAAAGGCCACGUUGCUCCAGGCACCUUUGGACAAAUCAUGAAUUUGACUUCUGUGGGUCAUGAGUCACUCACUGACUAACCAGAAAGUAGACUUGGUAUUGUCUAUGGAAAGGAAGAAUGUGGGAAAGCUGUUUCAGUCUAGGCAGUUCUGGCUCUGGCCUCAGACUCAAAUCAUGAGAAUUCCCAGUGCAGGAUCAGUCCAUCUGGUUCAUACAUUGCACUAAACCAUAAUGUUGUUUAAUUGGCUUGGCUUAGCAUGUUGUGUGAACCCAGCUGAAGCAUUUUGUAAACUAUAGUAGGAUCCAACAAACUGUAGUUUAAUAAAUGAUGGUUAAACAAACUACACCAUAGUGCAAUGAAUUAAUCCA